UUAGUGAAAACUCUUUCUUUGGGUAAAAUUAGAAAGCCUAUACAACUUUGCUGGCUUUUUCCGGCGGGCGGACGUCUGAAGUUAACUGGAAAGUAUCCUGCAACCACCAAUAUCCGACAGCAGACGGAAGAAGAAGGGAAAGAGGGCGAGAAAACUCAAUUAAUCAUUGUUGAGAUUUCCUCUUUAUUUUAGGGUUGAUUAACCUCGGCUUUUCAAGAGAGAAACUAAAAUCGCUGCGUUUCUGUGUAAGAAGGAACUAGUCUUCAGAGGUUAGAUUAUUUUCAUUAGAGGACUCAGAGAUGUCUCAUCAUAUGUUACGACCAAAUGACUUGCGUGGUUCAUCUAUAGAAGCCUUGGGCAGAGAUGUAGUGCCAAUGCGGUCUAGAGUGUAUGGUUUGGAUGAUAUUUCUGGUUUUGCUGCACGGAGUGAGCCUGUUAUUGGUGGGUUGGCAGCAGGAAUGAGUACUAGAGGCUAUGCUUCUUCUCUUGAAGAUCCCGUUCUAAUUAGCCAAAGGCGAGAUAUUCCUUUAGGAAUCAGUUCUUUACCACCUGGCAAUCCUGAUAUGAUUUAUGAGAGACCUAACUCUCAGCGAAGGGUUGAUAGCCUUUCUUUGCAGGAAGCAGAAUCCAACAUUCUUUUUGUAAAUGGGCUUCCAACUGACUGCACCAGAAGGGAAGUUGGCCAUAUUUUCCGUCCUUUUAUAGGUUUUAAAGAUAUCAAAGUCAUACACAGGGAACCAAGAAGGAGUGGAGACAAGGCAAUGGUUCUGUGUUUUGUUGAAUUCAGCGAUUCAAAAUGUGCUCUUACAGCUAUGGAAGCGCUUAAUGGCUACAAAUUUGAUGACAAGAAACCUGAAUCCUCCAUCCUAAAGAUCAAUUUUGCACAUUUUCCCUUCCGCCUACCUUCUGAAGCAUGAUGAUCAUCAGUUGCAGACACAGCAACCCAAAUAGAUCUCUUAAACUGGUUUUGAGAUUGAUGUUGCACCAUCCUGGCAAAGACCAAACAAGUAACCUUUGUGAUUGUCUUGUCGGUGUCUUUUAUUAAAUUAAUUUUUUAGGAUUCCAAUUAGUUUAUAUUCUUUGAAUGUUUAAAAUAUUCAAGUACAAAAUAUAAUGAUAUAGUAGAAUAAUCUCUAGCAAUCUACUCCCUUCUUAUUCUUUA